AUGACUAGCUUCAUUAACCGUUCCUAUCAUUCCAACUACGAUGGCUUGGUAGACACAAAGAAGCACAUUCGCACCUCUGCCUCGGAAUUAAGCCAAAAGAUCCUUAGCGGCCAAAUAGCGAUUGCGUGGAAGCCAUCUUCUGAUCCAGAUAAAGAGAUCGCUGAGGAUGUAAUUGGUUGUGUGAGCAUAGAGCUAGUUGGGCCCGGUAUGGCUGGCCUCGGCCUACUGACAUGUCACCUUGAACACCGUGGUACUAGAAUUGGUCAACAACUUAUGGAAUUCGCGGAGGAUUGGGCGAAAAGGUUGGGCGCAGAGGAAAUGCAGCUCGAGAUUUUGGUGCCAGAUGGGUGGGAACACGAAGAAAAUCACCGCGUUGUGCGAUGGUAUGAGCGUCGUGGAUAUAAGCUGCUCAGAGUUGCUGAAACUCGUGAAAUUAUUGAAUGGCUUGCGACUGUAGUUACAGGGCCAACAAAGAUGAGAAUAUACCGCAAGAAACUCUAG